UUCCCAAUCCCAUCUCAAACCUCUCAGGACACAAGGAGCCAAGGGGUACCGUGACCUGGAAGUCUGCAUAUCUGUGAUCAGAGCCUUUUGGCUGGUGGUGGGGUUGCAUCUUGGGGCAGUGGUGGUGAGGAGAGGCUGGGGGCAAUGGGGUAGCAUGAGGAGAUUGCCCCUGAGAAGUGGCCUGUUCCUCCGCAGAAUCUCUGGCAGGUAUGGCCUAUGCAUAGGAACCAAUCCUAAAUUUAUCCAAAGACACCUCUAUCACCCGAAAGUAAGAAAUGGAAGCUCCUGCUCAGAAAUCAAUCCUGUGCAAUCCUCAGCAGCCAUGGCUCCUACGAUUAGCACAAAACCAGUCCCGGGCACGAAGGGGGCAGAUGGUGGACGCCUACAGGCCAAGUGACAGGUGGCGGGAGCCAGGGAGGGUUGCUGCUGCAAGGGAGGCCCUGCUUGGCCACCCUCUAAUCGCCAGCGCCAUCACCACGGACACAAUUCAGUCACACUCGCCUCACAUCGAGGCUUUCUCAGUUGCCCCGACCUGCCCCUGUGGUGGCCCCCAGCCAGCACAGGAACACUCAGGUGAUUGGCAGAGACGCCCCCACACUCCCUGCCCCUACAAAGUACUCCGCGCCAAGAGUGGAGGCCGCCUCUCCAAGACUUCCCAACUCCAGCGCGGGCGCCGGGCCCAACGAGGGUUAACUUCAGGGGGUGGGGAUUCCAGGAGCGGCCAGCGGGAGGGAGGCAGGGAGGGGAGCCAGCAGGGUCUGAACCUCUGAGGCCGUAGGAGUCCGGGUGUCGCGGGCCACCGGGCAGCCACUGGGGCACACGCUGUGCGCAGACCCCUCAAACUUCAAGUUGGGAGCUGGGGAAAGACGCCGAGCAUCAAGACGGGCCGCACGCUGCCAGGUCGCUGCUCCACUACCUCGGAUCCGCCACCUCUGCUGGUCACUCCCCGCGGUUCAGACCGCUGUAUUGCCUUCGGCUCCGGAUGAAGCCCGCAGGCGGCAGCCCCACGGAAAGCCCAGGGUCCAAGUGCGCCGACGUGUCCCUCGGCUCUCCGCUGCCCUGGGCCUACCCGGCCGACGUGCGACUCUGCGGCCACCUGCGAAAGCAGAAGUCCCAGCGCCGCCGCUUCUUCGCCCUGCGCACCGACCCCCCGCGCCUCGAGUGUUAUGAGAGCGAGAAGCAGUUCCGCGGUGGCCAAGCGCGGCCCCAGCGCAGCGUGAGCCUGGUGGGCGCGUGCACCAUCAGCAAGCGCGCGGACGCGCGCCAGCGCCACCUGAUCGUCCUGUACACGCGCGACAGCAGCCUGGGCGUGGCGGCGGCCAGCGAAGCGGAGCAGCAGGCGUGGUACUGCGCCCUGCUCGAGGUGCGCGCCGCGGCUGGACCCAGCUCCUACGAGGACCCUGGGACCUGGAUCCUCUCUCCGUUCCAGGACGUCUGGCCCGUGACGCUGCGGCCCAAAGGGCUGGGGCGGACCCGAGGCCUGGGCAGCGGCGGCUACCGCUUGUGCCUGGGUUCGGGGGCUCUGAGUCUGCUGCGGAAGCCCAGGGGCAGGGGCUUCCGGGAUAACCGGGCAUUGCCGCCGCCCGCCCUGCGCCUGCCCCUGCUCAGCGUGCGCCGCUGCGGCCACGCAGACUCUUUCUUCUUCCUGGAGCUCGGCCGCUCGGCACCCACGGGUCCCGGGGAGCUGUGGUUGCAGGCGCCCGACGCUGUGGUGGCCCAAAACAUUCACGAGACCGUCCUGGCCGCCAUGAAGCGACUCGGGAGCGGUGGGGUCGGUGCCAGGGCCGAACCACUGCCCAGGGAUUGUCCAACGAGCGCCUCCAGACUCUCAGUCCCCCAACCUUAUGAGACCUCGGUCUCCGCGGCCCAAUCAAGCAGCCUGAGCCGUCGGGGGUGCCUGGGUGAGAGGAUCAAGCAAGCAACCCUUGGGACCCCCGCGAGGCUAGGGGCGGCAGCCUUGCACUCUAAGGCGCUGGAUCAGGGGGGGAGCUACAUAAACAUGGGAGCCGGGAGUGACUACGAGCCCAUGGGGGGCGGCGCAGCGGGCGGCUACACGGUGAUGGCGUCCCCAGGCCUUUGUCCGGCCACUCCUGCUCCUGGCCAACCUCUCCAGGACUGGGGGGACACCGAAUACGUGCCCAUGAACCGCUUUCCGCCAGGGUCCUUUUCCUUGAGCUCGCUGCACCACUCCUACAAGUCCGGAGCUGGGAAGCCUGGACCCGGGCUCCGGAGCGCCCAUCGCAGCGCUGGGGGCAGCUGGGGACUGCCAAGGGCUCAGCCCUGUUCCCUGUCGCCGUCCGAGCUGGCCGGGAAGCACGUGUACACCGAGUACGCGGCCCCAAACUGCGUAGGAAUAGCUUCUGCCGGGCCAGAGCCCCCAGACGGCCAUCUCAACUACGUCGACUUGGACCUGGUCCCUCCUCUGGAGGCGCGCGGCGACGUCCCCGGGGUCCGCAAGCUCCUCCCGCACAGCUACGCGCGCAUCGAGUUCUAGAACCUCCAGGAGGCGCAGAGUUCCUGUGUACAUCCGGCAGGAUUUGGCAGUGCCACCUUGCCACCAAGGACAUUUGUGUAGACCUGCCCCUACCACACACACCUGCAGUGCCUUCCUUGUGUCUCCUCUGAACCAAGGAACUACCCCCGCCCAGCCCCAGAGCUGAACUCCUGGGGCCCCAGCACCAAGGACUUGUACCUCCCAAAAGUGAUCUGUCUCCUCACCCCGUUUGCCUCUCUUAGAAUAAGCCACGUAUUCACACAAUCCUCCCUUCUCCCAGCCUGGCAGAGUUGAUGGCUCCUUGCUUCCUAUAUGUUCAACUGUACUGUGGACCACCCACCCACUCAUUAAAGGUGCUCUGCUUA